CUGGAUGGUGGGAUUGAACUGACACAUUUCGAGGGGAAUAUAUCUUAUUUUUUAAUAGGAAACGAGACCUAUUUGAUUUGUGUCACCUCUGUUUGAAAAGCUGCUGAAUUGUUUUCUGAUGGAUGACUGAGCCCAGCUGUAUUCUCUGUGCUGAACCAUGCAGGGGCCGAGGCCGGUGGUUCUGAGCGGCCCGUCGGGCGCAGGGAAGAGCACUUUGCUGAAGAAAUUGCUUCAAGAGUACAAGAACGUCUUCGGCUUCAGCGUCUCCCAUACCACAAGAAAGCCAAGACCUGGAGAAGUCAAUGGCAAAGAUUACCACUUUGUGAGCAGAGAGGAGAUGCAGAAAGAAAUCGAUGCUGGUGAAUUCAUUGAGCAUGCAGAGUUCUCCGGAAAUAUGUAUGGGACAAGCAAAGGCGCCGUGCAGGCCAUUCAGGCCCAGAACCAGAUCUGCGUCCUUGACAUCGACAUCCAAGGCGUGAAGAACAUCAAGAGGACGGAGCUCAACCCCAUCUACAUCUCCGUGCAGCCUCCGUCCAUAGAUGUCUUGGAAAAAAGGCUACGUGACCGACAGACUGAGACAGAAGAAAGUUUACGGAAGCGCUUGACUGCAGCCUGCGUAGACCUGGAACUUAGUAAAGAGCCUGGCCUGUUUGACUUGGUCAUUAUUAAUGAUGAUCUAGAAAAGGCCUAUUCCGAAUUGAAGGAAAUACUCCUGGAGGAAAUCAAGAAGGCCCAAGAAUCCAGCAAGUCCUGAGCUGAGCCUGCUUGGACGUUUUAACUUUGCACAUCAUUCCUGGAGCGCACCUCGGCAUUUUAUUCCAAGAGACAUUCCC